AUGUAUGAGAUACUCCGCACGUAUUCUUUGCAGGUGCCUCGAGAACAGAUAGUGCGUGGCGCUGCUGCUGCUGAUGCUGCUGCGGAACUUGGUUGUGACCACUCAACCUGCAAUUCGCCCCUCCCCUUCCCAUCCACCACCCAUGCCAUGCCACUCCUUGCAGUGUCCAGCUCGAAACCCCCAACUCCUACCGUCACCACCAGCACCAGCACCAGCACCCGCACCAGCACCCGCAGCAGCAACAGCUCCUCUCCGUCUUCAGGCGCCAUUGCUGGCAUCGUCCUGGGUUGCGUCGUCGGACUCAUUCUCCUCUUCCUGCUGGCUAUCUGGGCCCACAAGGCCAGGAAGGCAAGUGCAGAAAAAACUGAGCAUGCGGGCAAGGACGAGAAAGACGUGGAAGCAGGAAAAGCAGGAGCAGAAUCUGGUGAUAAGUACACAGGGCUAGGAGGACCUGGAGCAGCGGAAGCAGCGGCGGCUGCUGCAAUGGCAGCAGGAGCAGUGAGACAAGAAGAAGCAGCAGCAGCAGCGGUGGCGGAGGCACGUCCGUUGGUGUGCCGGCAGUACUCGCUGGCGGAGGUGGCGGCAGCGACGGGCGAGUGGGCGGAGGCGAACCGCAUUGGCAGCGGCAGCUUCGGGGAUGUGUACAAGGGCGCCAACCCCACCGCUCCCCAUGAGAUCUGGGCCGUCAAACGCGCCAAAAUUCUUACGAAUGAUUUCAAGCGGGAGGUGAACGAGAUGGCGACCAAGAAUCACCCGAACCUGGUGCGGCUGCUGGGGUACUGCUUCGACAUGAAUCACACCACGGAGCGCAUCGAGCAGAUUGUCAUCUAUGAGUUCAUGUCCAAUGGCGACCUCGAACGCUGGAUUGGACCCCGUGAGAUACUCCCCUCUGCCCUCCUCUACUCUACUCUUCUCGAAUCCAGUCUACUCUUCUCUACUCUAGUCUCCUCUACCAUAGUCUACGCUACUUUAGUCUACUCUAAUCUACUCCACUCUACUAUAGUCUGCUUUACUCUACUGCACUCCACUCGUCGUUGCUUUGCUUCCCUUCACCAAGACCUUCUUCACGCGCACGGGAAUCAUGGUGCUUACGUUCUCUAA